CCCAGCUCGCGCGGCGCUCCCGCAGACCGGCGGCGCCGCGUAGCAGCGCCGGGUCAAGGUCACCGGCCCGACGGGGCGCACGCCGCGCCAUGGAGGCCAAGGUCCGCCCGAGCCGGCGCUCGCGCGCGCAGCGGGACCGCGGCCGGCGCCGGGAGGCCGUCCGCGACGCCCGCGCCCAGAGCGCGUCGUCGGGCGACGAACCGGAGCCCAGCCCCGGCAAGGAGAACGCGGUCCUCCGCGGCGCGCCCCCAAGAGGCGCCGCCCCCGCGCCCCGCGCCGCGCGUCCCCCGCGCCGCCGCCGCCGCGAGUCCAGCUCACAGGAGGAGGAGGUCAUCGACGGCUUCGCCAUCGCCAGCUUCAGCACCCUGGAGGCCCUGGAGAAGGACAUGGCUCUGAAGCCACAUGAGCGGAAGGAGAAGUGGGAACGUCGCCUCACCAAGAAGCCCCGGGAGUCAGAAAACUGCCCAUCUGCAGAGCCGAGUGAGAAUGGGCGGCCCCUGGAGGCAGGCAGCCCUGAGCAGGACGUAGAGCCUGCCUGUGCUGGGGGGGCCAAGAAGGUCCCGCUGCAGCCCUCCAAGCAGAUGAAGAUCACCCUGUCCAAAGGGGGUGACCGGAACAGUGACGACGACAGCGUCCUUGAGGCCACCAGCUCCCGGAGGAGCAGUCCUCGGGACCAGCUCAGUGACAGCUCGGCGCAGGCGGUCUCAGGGAGAGGCUACUCCUGUGACAGCGAGAGCGGCGUGGACGACAAGGCAUCAGUGGGCUCUGAGAAGCUUUUUGCUCCAGCAGCUGAUAAAGGUCCCGUGCGUGGCGACAGGUCCGAGGCCAAGGCCGGGGCGGUGCCCAAGGUGUCGGGCCUGGAACGCAGCCGUGAGCUCAGCGCCGAGGCCCUCCUGCCAGCCGCACCCAGCCCCACACCUGCCACCGCGCCCUCUGCGGGCCCCCAGCCCGGAGCUCGCGCCAGCCCCCUGGUGAAGAAGGAAGCCCCCACUGCGCCCCGCCACGUCCCACAGCCGCCCGCGCCCCCACAGUCCCACGGCCCGCUCCCGACACACGUGCCUCCGUCCCUGGGCGCCUUCACGGGCCCAGGUCCCGGCCAGGCGGCACCCAACGGCCUGCACGUUUUCAGCAGGAGCAGUAGCGCGGGCAGCAGUGCCCCCCUCGGCCUGGCGAAGCACGUAUCACUGUCCCCGCUUGGGCCAGGCCCCCACCUGUCUACCUCACACCUGGCGCUCCGGUCCCAGGCGCAGCACCAGCACCACACAGCAGCCAUGUUUGCUGCCCCCCCGACACUGCCCCCGCCUCCAGCGCUGCCCGCCAGCAGCCUGGUCAUCCCAGGACACCCCGCAGAUGCCAGCCUGUUGAUCUCAUUCAACCAGCCAAUCAUGUAUUGCCAGCCUCAUUCGGGGAUUCUGAUUGAUCACGAGCUGCUCAGGCAAGAGCUGAACACGCGGUUUCUGGUGCAGAGCGCCGAGCGGCCUGGCGCCUCCCUGGGCCCGGGGGCUCUGCUGCGGGCGGAGUUCCACCAGCACCAGCACACACACCAACACACACACCAGCACACACACCAGCACCAACACACAUUCGCCCCCUUCCCCGCGGGGCUGCCCCCGACGCCGCUCAUGCCACCCGCCGCACCCCCGCCGUUUGACAAGUACGCUCCCAAGCUGGACAGCUCCUACUUCCGACAUUCCAACCUCUUCUCAUCCUUUCCUCCUGCCAUCCCGGGACUGCCUACUCUGCUCCCACACCCUGGCCCCUUUGGGUCCCUGCAGGGUGCUUUUCAGCCCAAGAAUUCAAACCCCAUCGAGGUCACAGGCCGGGCCAGUGCAGUUCACACUCUCCUGCAGAAAGUCCCUGGGGUGUCUGAUCCAUACCGCUCAGCAGUCAGGAAGCCAGGGAAGUGGUGUGCAGUGCACGUGCAGAUCGCCUGGCAGAUCUACCACCAUCAGCAGAAGAUGAAGGUGCAAGAUUUCAUCUGUGCUCGCGGGUGCGGGAUCCUCGGAGAACACAGCCUGGCGGCAGCCCCUGGACACACUCUGUCCUCCCUGCAGAUGCAGCUGGACCCCCACAAGCUGGAGGUGGGCGCAAAGCUGGACCUGUUCAGCAGACCCCCCGCCCCAGGUGUGUUUGCAGGAUUCCACUACCCACAGGAUCUCGCCCGGCCCCUCUUCUCCAGCACAGGUGCCGCCCAUCCCACCACCAACCCAUUCGGACCCUCACCCCAUCAUGGCAGCUUCCUGCCCACUGGUCACCUGACAGACCCUUUCAGCAGAUCAAGCACCUUCGGGGGCCUGGGGAGCCUGGGCAGCCACGCCUUCGGAGGCCUGGGCAGCCACGCGCUGACUCCCAGCGGCAGCAUCUUUGCCCCCAAGGAGGGCUCCACGAUGCACAGCCUGCCCAGCCCCCACGAGGCCUGGAACCGGCUACACCGGGCACCACCCUCCUUCCCCACGCCGCCCCCAUGGCCCAAGCCUGUGGAUGCCGAGCGGGUCUCAGCCCUGACCAACCAUGACCGGGAGCCAGACAAGGGCAGGGAGGAACGGGAGCGGGACCUCCUGGAGAAGACGCGCCUGCUGAGCCGGGCCUCACCGGCCGCCCCCACCAGCCACCCCAUCAGCAGCUUCCUGCUCCGCAGCCAGGGUGAGCUGGGCCGGCCCGGGGUCCCUGCAGAGCAGGCCGAGCCCCGGGUCAAGGAGAGCUGCUCGCCCGCCAAGGAGGAUGGCGCCAAGCUGGCCGUGCGCCCGCCGUCGCCCUACAGCACGGCAGCCCAGGGCGACGUGAAGGUCAAGGAGGAGCGCAGGGAGGACGAGGUGCCCGAGCUCCCAGGGGGCGCCACUGAGCGCCCGCGCGUGCUGCCCGCGCCCCUGCAGCUAGGCCUGGGCCGCGAUCGCCUGGGCGCACCGGGCUUUGCAUGGGAGCCGCUGCGCGACGCCUACCGCAGCCUGGAGCUGCCCCGCCGCGCUUUCACCGCCGCACCGCCCGCCACUGCCCCUGCCCCGGGUCCCGCCGCCUUCUUUGAGCCCCCCGAGCGCCCCUACCGAGACCGCGAGCCGCACGACUACAGCCCCGAGCGCCUGCGGGAGGCGCGCCGCGAGGAGCUGGAGCGUGCGCGGGCCCCGCAUCUGGACGCCGCGCUGCUACCCGCGCUGGGCUCCCUGCACUACCCGCGCCUGGCACCCGCCGCCGCCACACUGCACAACGGGCUCCUGGCGCGCACCCCGCCCGCUGCCGCCGCGCUGGGCGCGCCACCCCCCCUGGUGGCCGCGGGCGGGCCCCCCACGCCCCCGGGGCCGCCGCCUCCCGCGCGCAGCAGGACUACGCCGCUUGCCCCCAGCGAGGCGCGGGAAUACUCCCCAUCCCGCAACCCCCAGGAGGUAGAGGCGCGGUAGUCCCCGCGAGACCGCCCCGGCGGAGGAGGCUCGAACUGUGUACAGAGACCCUUUUACAAAUGCACUGCUGUAAACUUUUUUAAGUGUAAAUUUCUAGACCCUAAGCACAGUUCCAUCACAUCCUGGGUGACCCUUGCUUUUCCACUGGAAGCCUGCGGAGUCGGGGAAUCAAUAUACAGCUUUUCUGGGAGUGAUCUUUGCUUUUCCAGGCUUGAGAUUAGGCUACUGGCAAAAAACAAAUUCAAGUUUAUACUAUUUUCCCCACAGAUGAGAAACGUUUUUAGUGGAUUUGUAUUUUUCUUAACUCUGUGCUCUUUAGACAUUUAAAAGACCAAAAAAGAAACUUUUUGCUCCUUGAUUUUUUGUUGGGCUUUGCAAUUUAAUGGCCUCAGAUCCCUCUCCAGAGCCCCAGGGUUUCUUUGUCUUAUUUAUAGAGGAAAAACGGUCAUUUUGUCCAACGCACUGUGAGGCUCCCCACGCAGGCCUGGCCUGGCCCUCCGUUGGUACUUGGAACCGAAGUUACAGGUAUAUAUUAAAAUAAUUAAUAAUAAUGUAUAAAACAUUGUGUUUUUGCCUUAUUCUAUUAUGCAGAAGUGUAAAAGGAUUUCUUUUUUUGUUUUUUUUUUUUUUUAAGUGUAAAUAGUCUUGAUAUAAAUAUAUGACGUUAAAUUCUUAGGUAGACUUUAUAAAAACAGUUUCCAGAAACCCCUCUGGUUAUUUGUUUAACAUGGUCACAAAAUCCCACCCGCUGUCAGUUGCAAACACCCUCAGAAGUUGAACUGCAGCAGCUACCCUUCAACUAUGCAAGCGCUCCGGGGCAGGCGGACGCUCAGCUGUCUGGGGGAAGAAGGUUCCAUGAGCGAUUUCCCAGCCCCUGCAACCCUGCGGCAGAGGCUGCCCACGGAGGGUGGUUGUCCUCCCAGCAGUGGCCCUGUCCUCCCAGGACUGGCCGGCUCCUGCCGCAAGGACAAUUCUGUGGAUCCUUGUGCUAAUCGUGCAGUGUUCUUGGGAUCUGUAUACCAGACAAGUAGAAUUUUAGAAGUGCAAAAGUCUAAAGGUUGAUUACAAAAAAACUAAUAACUUUUGUACAUUUCCUCUCCUGUGUGAAGCCAUCAGCAAACGUUUGUCUUGGUGUUGUCCCUCCACCUCCCAGUACCUCAGCAUGGUUUCCUUUUGGCUUUGGUUCUGGCUCAUCACCGCGUGCUGCUGUCAGUUUGUCCUGGUGUUUGGGUUGUGUCUCUGCCGGGCUUCUGUGCCUUGUGGAUUCAGCCAUUGCAGCCAUUUGCUUUGUUCAGUUCUGUAUUUUCAACCGUUUUCCACUGUGGACUCCAGUUGUUUUCAACAUUCUGUUCUCAUGUCAAUCAAUGAAGAUAAAUACAGCCUUGAUUUUGGAUGAAA